CCAAAACCCAAAGAAAAUAUCAAAGAGUCAUUUCUUUCUUCCACUCCAAAACUUCUUUCAUUUAUAAGAGAGAAACCAUCAAAACAAUCACCCAAAAAAAAAGAAAGAAAGAAAGAAAUGUUGGUCUCUGGAAUCUCAAUUCACCGGAUAAUUGCUCCAACCCAUUUUCAGCAUCAACAUUUCCAUCCCCCAAAUCUCACUUCCAGGAGGUGGAAGCAGAAAUCUACUAGUGGAAUUAGAUGCUGCAAGAAGGUUGAGGAAAGAAUAAGAACAGAGAAGAACUAUUAUAAGUUGCUUGGAGUCUCUGUGGAUUCAACUAACAAAGAAAUCAAAGAAUCUUACAGAAAGUUACAAAAGAAGUAUCACCCAGAUAUUGCAGGCCAAAAGGGUCAUGAGUAUACUCUGAUGCUGAAUGAGGCAUAUAAGGUACUGAUGAGGGAGGAUCUGAGAAGAGAGUAUGAUGCUUCUAUUGGCCAACUGAGAUUUAGUUUUGGCAGAAACAUCCCUGACUUGGGUUUCAGCACUUGGAAUGGCCCCUUCAGACCCCAAGCUCUAUUUGUUGAUGAAAAUGCAUGCAUAGGGUGCAGAGAAUGUGUCCACAAUGCGAGUAACACCUUCAUGAUGGAUGAAGCUCUUGGCUGUGCCCGAGUCAAAGUUCAGUAUGGCGACGAUGACACAAAAAUAGAGGUAUCAGUAGAUUCAUGUCCUGUGAACUGCAUUCAUUGGGUGGAGAAAGAAGAGUUGCAAGUGCUUGAGCUUCUGAUCAGGCCUCAACCGAAAGAAGGGCAUGGCAUAUUUGGACAAGGCUGGGAAAGGCCUAAAAAUGUUUUCAUGGCAGCAAAGGCCUUUAACAAGCAGCAGAAACAUGAAGGCAUGCACCAUCAAAGAAAUGCAACUGGGGAGGAAGAAGCCCCAGCUCAAGCAGAGGCUCGAGUGAGUGCAAGUAUCAAAUUGCAGAUGGAGAAAUUCUCAGUAAUUUGGAACUGGGUCAAUGGAUUCUUGGGUCACUAAGUGACUUAUUAUUUGAGGAUAUAUAUACUUAGCUAGCUAGCUGUGCAUAACUAAAUCCAAAAUAUGUAGGUUGUCGUUAAGAACUCCACAACCUCAAAGAUUGUUAUAUGAGGAGAUUGGGAUAUGAAAUAGAAACUCGAGAUUUUUACGUGGUUCCCCAA